CCAAAGCACCGUGCGCUCCGAGUCACCUGCGCGCAUCCGGCGAUGCGGCGGCGCUCUGCGGGUGCGCUCCUGUCGGUCGAAGCCGCGCGAACGAGGCCGGCGACGCCGCUGAACACGUGCCACGAAAGCCGCUGGACACCUCCUCGAUGACGGACCUCGAACCCAAGAGCAGGCGCGAGCAGUCCCGGCAGCGGGGCAGGCGCAGAAUGAAGGCCAACGACCGUGAGCGCUCGAGGAUGCACAACCUGAACUCCGCCCUGGAGGCGCUGCGGACGGUGCUGCCGGCGCUGCCGCAGGACGCCAAGAUGACAAAGAUCGAGACGCUGCGCUUCGCCCACAACUACAUCUGGGCGCUGAGCGAGACGCUGCGCAUGGCCGAGCAGCACGCGCCGGAGUACCUGCGGCCGGAGGGAUCCGACCGGAGCAGCCCGAGCAGGGGCCCCGCUGCCGGGCGGGACUCGGACUCACCCGCCGGGUGCACGCGCGCUCCAUCCGCCGCCUGUGACCCGACGGGCUGUUACACGCUGGCGCGUCAGAUGAGUAAGAUGUUUUCCAGAGAGCCGUCCGGUGUCAUCCCAGUUACCUUUUAUCUCAAGUCGGCCCGCGGGGAAGAGGACCCGAAAAACACGUGGUGCUUUUAACUUUUUAGGAGGAGUUAUGAGUCGGUCAGCUGCACUUAUUUGAGGUCCGACCUAAAGCAAUGGUGCGCUUCCGGAUCGACCAGUGUACAUGGUAGUUUUUAAGAGCACUUAGAAUGAAAUGUGAAUAAAAUGACUGAGAUGAGAAGAGUUUAAA